AUGGCCUUAAACUCAAGUCCACAAACGAGGGAUUUCACCUGCUUCAUACUUCACGACACCGACCUGAUACCACGUGACAACCGCAACCUGUACCGUUGCCAUCAACAGCCCCGCCAUUUUGUCACUAGUCGCAGCAACGGAACAUGGGAAGAAAAAUUACCGUAUUCCUCCUUCAUCGGGGGAGUGCUGGGACUUCGCAAUGACCACAUGAACCAGAGUAAUGGCUGCUCCAAUUACUACUACGGGUUGGGAUUCGAGGACGACGACCUGGAAAUAAGACUGAGAAACAAACGCCUUCUGGUUGUUCGUUAUCCAGGGCAGAUCGGAGCUUACUACAGCCUGGCUCACGAGAAGCAGACUGACAAUCCUCGGAGAGAUGAGCUUCGCCGAAGCAUGUGGAAGCGGCUGGAGAAGGAGGGUUUGAACUCUCUGCAGUACGAACUGCUGGACGCGAAGGAAAAGGAACUGUACACGUGGCUUCUCGUCAAGCCUCCACCACCACCAGCCUCCUUCUACAACAUCACACCUCCAUCAUGAUUGUUUGUUGAUGUGUGGAGGUGUGGGACACAGCCAAGCUUUAUCAACAUUUACAGUCGCUUGUGUUUCCACGUGUCGCAUCCUGUAGAACUUGAUUGUUCACUUGAACAUGUGAUGACGGGUGCAGUGAAUCGUUUAUACUUACCCACAGACUGACUGAGCAUGCCACGACUUCUUGUUUCUCCUUUUUACCACAGUGUGGUCAGUCUCUGUGUUUGAAGGAUUUAUUUAAAUACUUUUUUUAGUGGUGCUGAGUUGUUUUUGAACUCACAAUCUUCAUCUGUGGUAUGUGAACAUUUUCAUUAUAGUUGUACCGGUUGUGACUGAAUCGUCAUAAUGGAGAGUCUUUCACGGAUUAUUUUGAGAAAUAAUUAUUUGAAAUUCUCCCCUUCUCCGUUAUUUUACGAAAUUUUAUGUUUUGAUAAAACAUUUUGCCGAUUUUCGCGAAGCUCUCUCACCGCAAUAUUUUGUUUAUCCGAUGUAACAGAUCUGACUCGACUGUAGUCGUAACUCACGGGUGAGUUCAAUCAGUCUCAUCUAGUACACGUGGAAGUAAAACAAACUCGUUUAAUUGGCCGCAGUCACAGUUGGAAAGAGAACUACAUUAUAUCCACAUGCUUUCCCACAAAGAAUGGUAUAUAUUGUGUGGAAUUUAAACCUAACUGGCUAACAGAGACGAGAGACGGUAAAAACAUGUCAAGAAGACAAGUAGAUGUGCCUUACUUUUUCUUAGCUAACCAAUGUCUAACUUUUCUAGAUGAAAAUGUUUUUUUACAUAUUUUUCUUUGACUGACUAUAGAGUCUGUGAAUUUUGUAAUUGAUUUCUCAACUAUUUGUCAUCAAAGGUAAGACAUUUUCGGUAGCAAUGCAAUUUUGAAUCAUUUCCAGCAGUCCACAAGUUAUAAUCAUUGAAAUUUUAAUUUUGCGAACUUUCAAGACAUUCUCUAAAGCUACUAAAAAUCUCCUCACAAUUUCAAAAUUAUCUUCUCACUGAUCAGGUUAUUAGUGAAAGAAAGUUAAUUCUAAAAUAUUUGUAAGAAUGUCACCACAAUUUCUAAGUUUAAAGUUAUCUGAAUUAAAGAAAAUCCUGAAAUUAAAUUUAUCCCCCUUUUCAGUACAUUUAAAGUAAAAGUAUGUUUGAAAGAAAUUGUUUACUUUUUUCCCUCCUUGCCAUCCACGUAUUACUUUUCUACAUACACUGAACCUUGAUGGUCCAGUGUCUUCAUGCAUGUUUGGUGGACAGAGUGUAGGUCUCUCCUAACACUUCAAGGGAAAUGUAAUGCCAUUGGCUCUCACUCACCCAGAAUUUAGUGUGGUUGCCACUGAUACUAAAAAUUUCUAUUUAUUCAUAUUAUUUUAAUACAUAUAUAUAGUAAUUAAAGAUAGCUGUUUGUCUUAUACCGUUGAAAGCAAUGUCUUUGUGUACAUGGGGUCCUUUAAACAAUAUUUUACAGGGAUAUCUCGCAGCUGCCGACUCAGAAUUUUACAUUGUUGAGAAAAGCCGAUGGUAUAUGUGUUCACAAGUGUCGGAGUUUGUUUUCUCUUUCGGCAUAAUAAAUAAUGUAGACUUUC